UUAUAAUAAUUAUAGUUUAUUAACUCAUAUUAAAAACUAAAUACAUAUAUGCUUAACAUUACUGAAAAACGGCAAGUAUGUCUGACGCAAAUGAGCCGCAACAUCUCAAUGGAAAAAAGAGCAACACUAACAACAGUGAUUAUACUCUCGAUGCUAUACUGGUGCGGAUCGGUCAGUUCGGCACCUAUCAGAUUAUAAACUACAUACUACUUUGUUUGCCAAUGAUAUUUAAUGCAUUUUUUUCCAUAUCAUACGUAUUCACUGCCAGUCCAGUUGUUCACAGAUGCAAUAUAUCCCAAUGUGAUAGUGUAAACAGCGAGUAUUUCGAAUCAUGGACCGAUUUUACUAUUCCAAAGAAAGGUUCUGAUAUCGAUCAGUGCAAUCGAUUUGUAACCAUAGACAAUGCAACUUCCGCGAUAUCAUUCUUUACCGAACCAUCAAGUCCUUUUUGUAUUGAACAAAAUUUCGAUAAAAAAGCAGUUGAAAAAUGUGGAAAGGAUUUUAAAUUUCGAGAUCUGGAAUACACUAUAUCCAAUGAGUUUGGUUUCUUCUGCUCUGAAGAAUGGAAACUCUCAAUGGUUGGUACGAUUAACAACGUGGGUCAAUUUGUUGGGAUUCCAUUAGGUGGGCUUUUAGCUGAUAGAUAUGGACGUCGUACUAUGUUAGCGAUAUCAGGUUCUUUAGCAGCAUUGAUGGGAAUAAUACGUUCAUUAUCCGUUAAUUAUUAUAUGUUUUUGUGUUUUGAAUUCCUUGACAUGGCGGUUGGGAGCACAUUAUUUCCCACUGCAUUCCUUCUGGCAAUUGAACUAGUCGGACCAAAGCGACGAGUCGCGGCUGCAACAAUCAUAACAAUUUUCUAUUCACUCGGUGAAGCAUUGCUAGCUGUACUGGCUGAGCAGUUCCAGAAUUGGCGAGUGUUAUUGCGUAUACUCUAUAUACCAGCAAUUUUACACGUAUUAUUUCUUUGGAUACUGCCAGAGAGUGUGCGUUGGUUAUUAAGUCAAGGAAAAGAGGAAAAGGCAGUAAGCAUUUUAAAAAAAGCAGCCCGAAUAAACAAGCGUCGAAUUUCUGAAGACAGUCUAGACAAUUUAGUGCAGACAAAUCGUGAUAAACUCGAGUCUGCAAAUGAAAGCCAAUUUCCAAUCAAGACAGCUUUUAAACUAUUCUUCUGGCGCAUACUUAACUGUUGCUUUUGUUGGUUUACGCACACCCUCGUAGCGCUCGGAUUAAGUUUAAAUUCGGUCAAUUUGGGAGGCAAUAAAUAUAACAAUUUUAUGCUAAAUGGGUUAGUACAAAUUCCUGGACUUAUUGUCCCACUGCUGAUAAUGGAUCGCGUUGGGAGAAGAUUUUCCUUAUGCACUUCUAUGCUUAUUUGUGCCGCCUGUAUGGUGGGUGCAGUGUUUGUAGGAAAGGAUAAUUACGGUUUUGAAUUGACUUUGUUUUUAAUUGGAAAAUUCGCUAUUACCUGCAGUUUUCAAAUCUUAUACUUUUUCACGUCAGAAAUAUUUCCAACAAAUGUGCGAAACAGUUUGCUCUCUUUCUGUUCCAUGAUAGGACGAAUCGGAUCUAUGUUGGCACCUCAAACACCUUUACUAGCCAACAUUUACGAAUUUGCGCCACAGAUUCUUUUCGGCUCUUUCGCUUUGGUAAGCGGAUUACUGACUUUACUAUUUCCAGAAACCACCAAUAAAGUACUCCCCACAACAAUAAUGGACGCAAAUAACUUAAACGGGAAAGAGAACAUGGACAAUAAAUCUGACAAGACCAGUAUGAAAUCAUGAUGAGCAAAACAAAGAAUGUGUAUUUUUACUAAAUUUUCAUAAUGAAAGACGAAAAUUCA